AAGUUACAAAUCGGAAGCCAACUUCACUGACGUCCAGAAUGCAGCCAUGUCUAAAGGUCUAACUAACGACCUGUAGUUUAUUUUACUUAAAAAUAUAAAUAUCCAUGGCAACGGUGUAAGAAAUGGGAAUGUUUUUACUACGACGGUGGAUUUCACCUUAAGGUGAGGUGACACCAUGAUCCUGAUUCUCUGCACCAGCUGAAAACUGACGUGUUUGACAACAAAACUGCUGUCACUAUGGGGACAGCAACAAGCGAGCCAUGUAUCUACGACAAACUGUCUGAGAGCAUCGACAUCCUCCGCCAAUCAGGUUACCGCUAUGGCAUGUCAGAGAGAGAAAUUGAGAGAUUCAUCAAGCAGGUCCUGGAGACCAACGAGCCAAGAAGAGAGCCUCCACAAUUCCCCAUUCUAAGAGCCACCAUUAAGUUUCUGGUUGCUGUGGGCUUCCUGCUGGUGGUGGUGCUGGCCUUCAACUACCAGCAGAGCUCCCCCCAGUUGGGACUGGUAAAUCUGGGCUGUUGCAACCGGUCGUCCCCCCUUAGCCAUAUCCGCCUGCUCUCUCUUCCUAUUGCCAAGAAGUACAACCUGCAAGGUUUUCAUGAGUGGUGGAGUGCUGGUUCUCUCCGGCAGAGUCUGGUUAACUGUUCGGGAUGCGCAGAAAUCUCCUCCGUGCUGGAAGUCCCAGAAAGCCUCAGGGGAACUGUGACUCUGCGACGGGGACCUCAGCUGGUCCUGCUGAAGGGCGGGGAGUCUCUCAGUAUCCAGCGGCAGCAGCUGGAGGCGCUCUACUUAGCCCAUUCAGGCUCCAUGUCAAUUCUGCUGGAGGAGGACAGCGGUCUCCAUAGCGGCCUCCCUCAGGGACCUGCCAACUUCACCCUCCUCUGGAGGUUCAGUUCUGGAACCAGAGAAAAAGUGUUGAGAUGGCUCUUCCCAAAGGCUGAGCUCUGCCCCCUGCUGGACAGCGCUGGGACCAUCCUCCAGCGAUGCCUGGUCAUCCACAGCACAAACUCUCAAAGCAAGGGUGUCAGGGUCCUGGGUUGGCUGGUGGUGGGGGAGGGGCUGCCAACAGUGCGAGUUGUGCCUGUUCAGCGAUGCCAGAAACACUGCAGCUCCUUCAACCUUUGGCUGUCACCUGGAGACAUGGUGUAUGCGGACCCCCGGUACUGGCAGAUGGAGUUGUUCCCCGGACGUGGCCAGAACAUCAUUUGUGACGGCACAACCUUUUAGCCUUCAGAUGGGCAGAGUUCAGGACUUGGGUGUAACACACAAAGCACCUUUGAAUGUUUGGAGCUUGUUGGCCUGUGUGUGCCCAUUUUCUGCCCAUUGUUGCCUUUUAACACCAACAAUAUUUUGUUUAUAGCACAUUUUUGGUCUGAUAUGCCUCUGAGAACUGAAACCAACUGCACACAAGGAGAUCAGGUAGGGGAGAAAAAAUAAGCUCCUGCAAGAUUUUCUUAAGAGUGCAGGUCAGAGGAAUAAGGAGACUUAUUCUUUAGCUGAACUGUUGAAAAUUCAUCUGUGCUCGUGCCACAGCUUCUAGCUGAUUUCUAGCAAUUAAGAGAGAAAAAAUCUCUAAAAUUACUGGAGGUGUCACUGAUUAAAAAGGUAAUAACACUGGUCCUAGACCCGGGGAAUCACUGCCACUAUUUGCAUCCUGUUCAGUGACUUGAAACAAUUUUUGUUGCAGUCAGAUCCACUUCAGUGGAAGAAUAAAAUUAAGUGAAAUUAAGAAUGAGUACAUGAGGUUGUUUUGUUUUUUAUAUGCCACCGCUGGAAAAUGUUUUUUAACAUGUAGACUGACCAUUAUUAUGCAGACACUGAAAUCAGCCAAGCUCAUCUUGUGAUAAUUACAUCUACAAUUUAUCUGAGUGAUUAAUUUGGUCCUAAUCAUUUGCAAUAUUGUGCAAAAAAAUUAGCUUUAAGCAGUCCUGCCAGUCAAGCUCCAACAACCUAUUUUCCUAAUUGUGAUGUGAUGUUUCUGCCUGAAUAAAAACGUAAUCAUCUUUUUGUUCCAUACUAUUCUUCAGAUACAACCCUCCAUGAGCAUAACCUGCUCACAAAAUACAUAUGCACAUGUUCCAAGUUAUUUUCUAUUCUUUUAGAUUAUUUUUUUCUUGCAGUCUAUGCUUGCAGGUUACAUGCAAAUAACUGCAAUUUUAUUGCAUUUUAGAAUGUAAAAUAGUUUUCUGCAUUAUUUACAUUGUGUAAAUUUAGAACAAAAUAUUAAACAAGGAGGCAAGAGAUGUAAUGUGAUGUUUAAUCACAAAUAAAACGGAACUUAUAUUUUGAGUGUAAUUAAGACAGAGCUUUAAAUGUAAAAUUAACUUCAGUGAAGAUGGUAAAGAGCCCCACUGCUCUGGUUCUUACUUGAAGAGUGUAAACGGUAAGUUUAUGUCUGGACGGGUUAUUCUGGAGAAAACGCAUCUGAUCCCCUUUUGAAUGGAAGCAGUUAUGGCAACAUGUUACACUAAGUUACCACACAGUUUAAAGAGGGGAGCAUUUUAAUUUGAUGUGUUUUACAAAGCUGCUUCUCCAGAUUCAGGGUGGUUAUUGGAUGUUGUGACUUUAAAAGAAAUAUACUAUAAUAUAUAUUUGAUUGUUGCUGCUGAGUUUUGGGACAAGGUGGGAGUGGAGGUUAAUAUUGCAUGUAAGAUCCAUAAUUAAGUUUAAAUCUGUUUGCCGAACAGAAGUUCUGCAUUUUAGAACAGAAAAUUACCACAGCAGAAACAAAUAUUUAAACUGCAUUAGAAAUGUAAUUGUUUAUGACAAAAUAAAAAAGGAUGUUCAGCUUUC